GGGUGGAAACGGAGGCCUUACGAGCAGCGGCCUGUUGCGGUGCCGGCGCACCCCGCACCGCGCAGAGCCCCCACCGCCGCUCGCUGCUGCGGGGCAGCUCCCCGCGCACAUGCGCCGUGCUUGAGCCCUUCCCACCCACGUUCGGCCACUACCGGCGGCAGGGACCCGCUCCCGCCGCCCAGAGGAGGGUCCCGGCCCCCCCGCCCCGGUGGCAUGGCGGCGGGCGCGGCGCGGGUGCUGCUGGCCGCCCUGCUGGGCGUUCUGCCGGCCGCGGCCGAGCGGGAGCUGCGCUUCAGGCCGCCGGCCGAGGCCCCCGUGCGGCUCUUCACCGAGCCCGAGCUGGCCAGAUACGACGGGCAGCAGGAAGGACAGCCCAUUUACCUGGCGGUGAAGGGAGUAGUAUUUGAUGUCACUUCUGGAAAAGAAUUUUAUGGAAGAGGAGCCCCAUACAAUGCUUUGGUUGGAAAAGACUCAACAAGAGGAGUUGCAAAGAUGUCUCUGGAUCCGGCAGAUCUUACACAUGACAUAACAGGACUCACAGAAGAGGAACUGAAGUCCCUGGAUGAUAUCUUCAAUAAUGUUUAUAAGGCCAAAUAUCCAAUUGUUGGCUAUACUUCUCGACGAAUUCUCAAUGAGGAUGGCAGCCCCAAUCUAGACUUUAAACCUGAAGAUCAGCCACAUUUCAACAUUAAAGAUGAGUUUUGAGGAACAUUUUUGUACCUAGAAAAUGCCCAGGGAGAGGCACAAUAAAACGUUAGAUUUUGA